AUGGCAAAUUCCUACAACCAAGGGUUGAUUGGUCCACAAAUUCCCCCUGGGCAUGCUAGUAGAAUGGACCCCAUGCACAACAAUGCUCCACUACAGUUUAAUACCAACAAAGGGAAACCACCCAUGGCUCUAGAAGGGGACCCAGAGCCUGUGAGUAGCUCAGGGAGUGGGGAGAUGAUGGGGCAGGGCUUCUACAGCAGUGGGAGUGCCGGAGGGGGCGGGGGCCUCAUGGGGAAUAUGAUGCAGGGACCGAUGAUGGGGACAGAUCCAAGCAUGAUGAUGAUGUUUAACCAGUAUGGUGGCUGGGGGCCAAUGGGACCAAACAAUCAAGACAUGUUGAUGCAGUUUAUGCCUAAAGAAAUAAUCACUCUGAAGAGUUGUGUACUUUAUCCACCUCCACCAAAUGCCCCACCCCCUACUACCAGAGAGAGACCCCCAGGGUGUAGGACAACAUUUGUAGGGGGACUACCAGAGAACGUCACAGAGGAAAUCAUAGCGGAAGCUUUCUCAAACUUUGGAAUGAUCGUCAGUAUUCGGAAGGGGAAGAAGAACUUCUGUCACAUCCGCUACGAGUUGGAAGAGAGUGUGGACAGAGCUUUAUUUUUAUCAGGAUACAGAAUGAAGAUUGAGGACAAAGAUGACAAACCCAACACAGGCAGACUCCAUGUGGACUACGCCCAGGCCCGAGACGAUCAGUAUGAAUUUGAAUGUAAACAGAGGAUGCUGGCGCGGGAGAUGAGGCAUCGACAGAGAAUGGAGGAGGAUCGACUUCGCCCCCCAAGUCCUCCCCCCACUGUACACUACAGUGACCACGAGUCAUAUGUCCUAAUGGAGCAACUAAAAUCUGAUGAUGAAUUCAUGAAGGCUGCCCAGAUUUUGAUCACUUGGUUGGAGAGAGGUGAUCUGACAAAAAGAAACGUCAACAAUUUCUACAGCAUGGUACAGUGUACUAACUCCCAGGUCCGGCGACUUCUACAAGAGAAACAGAAUCAAGAGGAGGCACUACAGAAAAUGAAGGAAAAUUUCCGAAGUAUUUUUGAAGGAAUUUUGCAUCAAUUCGAUCAGAUCGAGAAAGUCUUUAGCUGCUCACGUAAACAACGGAACUGGGAUCAUUUUAGUAAGGCCCAACGCAAGAACCUAGAACUAUGGUUCAAGCAGGCACAGGAAAUCAAACAGAAUCAGUUGGAGGAGUUUCUCAGUACACGGAUGGACGACGACAUGGAAAUGUCAGACGAGGAACCUGAACCUAAAAAGAAGAAGCCUGACGAGGCCUUCAACCCCCAACAGCUCCAGGAAUUCUUGGCAAGGGGAACAAUGCGAGAAGAGAACGAUUCCUUGAAAUGUCAGAUAGAGGCCUACAAGAAUGAACUGGAAAUGCUGAAGGCAGAGAAAGUCACUGGUAUCACAGAGAAAGACAGUCAGCUGAAGAUACUACAGCAGGCCAUGCAGGGCAUGCAACAGCAACUGAUACAAUCAAAAAUGGAGUGUAAACAGCUGGAAAAUGAACUACGUGUGGUGAAGCAUAAGUAUUGUACUAGUACCAGAUGUGAGAAUAAGGGAGAUAAAUCAGAGGAAAGUGAAGAUGGAAGUACAUCAGACGAUAAACAAAGCUCAAGUAAAAGUGAAAGUAAAGAAACAUCAGUUCCCACAGUAAGCAGUACAGGACUCACACUAACAGAGAAAGAGACCAAACUCAUAGGAUUAGUAUCCUGUUUCCUCCAUGUUCAUCCUAACGGCGCCAGUGUGGACUACAUCUGGUCCUACCUGUCCCAGUUAAACGUCAGCACACGGACCAGCGAGCUAGAGGAACUCCUGUUACGCCUCCCCAUGUUGUUCAAGCUGAACAUGAGUGGAGUGGGGGCGGGGAUAGAGAAAAAGUGGCAGUUUAUUGCGUAUUCAUCAAACACAUCAUUGCUCCCAUUCAGCUUCUCAACUUGAUUUUUUAGGUCACCUGAGUCACUCAG